UUUAAGUUCAAAAAUAAAAGAAAACCAUACAAUUUAAAUGAUUCCAGUUCUCAGCAGCACAUACAAUCAAUGAGUAUGCUCCGAAGAAUUUAAUACGAAAUGAACACAAUAAACAACAUCGAAUAAAGUGAAGGUUCUAUAAUUUUCAUCAGAGUAUUUUCAAACAUAUUUUUUAUCAAAUUAACUAAAAAAAUCGAUUCAAAUUUAAAUCAAUAUUAACUGCAGGCUAAUUGAGAUGGAUCCUGCGGUUGCAUGGUUUCAACAAGAACAAGACGGACCAGCUAAACGUAUUUGGUUAAAUAUUUGGGAGACAGAGCAAGAGCAAGAACAAGAACGUGAGCGAGUUUUGGCAGCUGAAAAUAAAAUAAAAUCUAGUGGAUCUGACACUCCACACGUAACAUUGGACAAAACAUUUAAUAUUCAACGGAAGAAAGCUGCCACAGGUGAAAAUCGUGCCAGUACUUACAAUAUGAAUAAGAAUUUCAAUCGAUUGUGUGGUAAAUACGGCGGGUGCCCAUGGCGUCCACAAAACUUUAAUUACGGCAGAGGUAUUAUUGGCUUGCACCAGGAGAUUGAACAAUUUUAUAAUCAUAUGAUUCCAACACCCUGUGAACAUGCCUUGCGUGUCGAAGUGGUGAGUCGCAUUGAACAAGUUGUCCUUUCUUUGUGGCCUACAGCGCGGGUAGAAGUUUUUGGCAGUUUCCGAACAGGUCUUUACCUUCCAACAAGUGAUAUUGAUUUAGUGGUUAUAGGACGAUGGGAAAAAUUACCUUUGCGAACAUUAGAAAAUCAAUUGGCUGUACAAGGGAUAGCCAAUAUCUCAACCAUACGAGUGCUCGAUAAAGCUAGUGUACCGAUUGUAAAAUUGACGGAUCGUGAAACUCAAGUAAAGGUAGAUAUUUCAUUUAAUAUGCAAAGCGGUGUUCAAAGUGCAGAGCUUAUUAAAAGUUACAAAAAAAAAUAUCCACCACUAUCGAAAUUAGUGCUUGUACUGAAACAGUUCUUACUUCAACGAGAUUUGAAUGAAGUGUUCAUUGGCGGCAUCUCUUCUUAUUCAUUGAUUUUAAUGUGUAUUAGUUUUUUGCAACUUCAUCCCAGGCAAAAUUUUUCCGAAAACUCAAACUUAGGCAUCCUGCUUUUAGAAUUUUUGGAAUUGUAUGGUCGUAAGUUUAAUUACAUGAAAACUGGCAUAAGUAUAAAAAACGGUGGAAGAUAUAUGCCGAAAGAAGAGUUGCAACGGGAAAUGGUAGAUGGUCAUCGUCCUAGUUUGCUCUGCAUUGAAGACCCAUUAACACCAGGUAAUGACAUUGGUCGUUCAAGCUACGGUGCUUUGCAGGUCAAGCAAGCUUUUGAAUAUGCAUACAUUGUACUUGAUCAAGCAGUUGCUCAAGUAAAUGCUUUUCUUAAUGACUGCAAUAAAAAUUCAAUUUUGGGACGUGUCAUUCGCGUUACAGAUGAAGUAAUUGACUAUCGAAAAUGGGUGAAGGCAAACUUUGAAGACAAAUUCAUUGUUUUGAAUCAAACUAAGUUAACAAAUGCCUUGUACCGUCGUGGAAGUACUUCCAGUCAAGAUUCGUCAGAGGAAAGCGAUAUGGACCAAGAAGCAGUGGUUCCAGUUGUGUCGGCAACACAAGCUCAAACUAUUACUACACAGAUGCUGCCACCUGCAGUAAUUGUACCAAGCGUAUCUGCUAUGCCUCAGAUUUAUCGUCCUCCAGCUUUGCAAAAUCAACAAACAAUUAAACCAUCUAAAAUCAACGAACGAUUGAAUUUAGCUCGUAAUCGCAAAGUAAAUCAACAACAAUCAAGCUCUACAUCAAAUAGUUCUAAAGAACACAGUGACCGCUCUUUUAGAGAUGAACCGAAACGACAUGAUAAUGGAACUAUUGGCGAUCAUACUUCAAAUAAUACAAACAAGAAGAAAAAAGGUCCAUAACUGGAACUUCCUCCGUUAUUUAGAGUUUACAUAAACGGUCUAAAUCAUCAAUAUUAUUCAAAUGGUGUCCAUUUUAACUAACCAUUUUUAACAUAUUUAUAAAAUAACAACAAUAAUUUCUACACCGAAUUAGUUGAGUUUGCUUUUUCGAAAUUGGAGACCUAAAAUAACGUAACUUAAUCAUAUUAAUACUAUAUUAAUGAAAACAUGUAUAUGAUAUAUUGAAAAUAAAUAUGUAAAAAAAAAACAG